AUGUCCGCUGAAAUUCCAGACGACUAUAAUAUCCAGGAGGCGUGGAAUAAGGCAUGUCAGGCCUUCGCGCAGACCGCCAAGGUCGAUCUGACCAAAUCCCCAAGUUUCACUGUGGAUGAAGUCCUUGACCAGAUUCAUAAGAAACAACAAGAUGAUGAUGAGAAAAAUAAUAAAUACAGGGUCGCCAAGGAUGCCAUCGCCAAGACGAGCAAGUUUAUCAUGCUGUUGGGAGGCAUAGCUGCUCAAGGUGCCAGUAUGGUCUUCGCUCCAAGUAGUCUUUGCUUCAACGCGAUUUCAUAUCUCGUUGAUGUGGGAGCCAAAUACAAGCGCAUUUUCAGCAGCUUGGCCGAGCUCUUUCGGCGAAUCUCCGAUGUGCUCGAGCGAUGCAAGAUUUACAUGCGGUUGCCCGCCGAAGCAGUCGAUAUCGCCCUGCGCAAGAUCAUCAAUGAGGAGUUGGUGUGCUUUGUUGAUAUCUGCGCCCUGUCAAUUAGGGUUAUGAGGGGUAACAAGAUCCUCACUGCGCUCAAGGUUUUCGCUUUCGACAGUGAUGAAGGUGUUAGCAGUCAAUUGGGUCGUUUGGCUACACUGGUUGAACGUGAAUCCCAGAUGCGCGCGACGCUUGGAUUCGAGUCUCAGAAAAUCAGCGAGAAGGUCAUCGUGGAAACUCGCGAUGGAACGAAGAAAGUCACUGCUUCGGUUGAUAAGCUUCUGACGUUUGAGAAGAAGAGAGAUGCCGACAAUGUGGCGCAGCGACUUCUGAGCAAUAUUGAUAAUAAUUUGGACAAUCCUAGUGAGACCUUCAAGGAUAUUCAAGCUAUCUUCAAACGUCAUUUGAAUGAACAAGUUCAGGGCAGUGGAGAAUGGCUUCAAGAAGACCCUCUGUAUACGGCAUGGCUAGAUUCAAAGUCGCGAUUUUCAAUUCUGGGGGUGGCUGGGGAUGAAGGGUUUGGAAAGUCGUUCCUCUUUACUGCCAUUGCGAGGAGUCUGCGAGAGGUCUGUGGCGAAGAUGGAGACGAAUUGAGAUGCAAAUCAGCAGCCUACUCUUUCUUCGACCAAGAAACAAAAGAUACAUCUCUGAUCAAGGCUUUGGAGGCCCUUGCCUGGCAGAUUGCCAAAACAGACAUGGUAUACCGAAAGGAUUUGGGAUCGGUGAAUACAGUUGGGGUGAACCAGAUUGGGGAUCUCUGCGAUCAGCUUUUUGGUAAAUCUCAUAAAACCGAUUCCACCUUUUUCCUCUUGCUUGACGGUGUGGAUCGAGUCGAUAAACAACACCUCAGAGAAUUUGUGACGGUCCUAAGCAAUUGGCAAGCCAAGUCAGCCGAAUGGCCUCAGUUUAGUCUUCGCAUUCUCCUGACUGGUCGAACGGAGACAAUCGCCAAAAUUAAGACUGAGCUCGGAGACGGAAUUUCCGUUCUCGAUAUGGCAUCAAAGAACCGUGCCGACAUGGUCAAGUUUAUCGACGAUCGCAUGGACAAGAUGGAUAAUCUGAGCGGAUCUUCUGACCAGAUUAGAUCCCUUCGUGAGGAGAUCUUGGAAGCACUCACAAAACAAACAAAUGGCGACUUCGUCAACGUUGGACUCCUCCUGGAUGAAAUUAGUGGCAAGCAGCGCCCUGGCGAGAUCCGUGAGAUCCUCUCUCGAUCGGGCGAAAAUCGAUCAGAUACAAUUGCUCGUAAGAUCGAGUUCCUCAACGAAACUCUCAGCGAGGAGGAUAUCUCUGAUUUGAACGAUUUGUUGACUUGGGUCCUUUUCUCAUUCCGUCCUCUCUCGCUUGAAGAGUUGGAAGCGGUUAUCUUCUUGAAAUCCCGCGAACCUUCCCUCCGGCCUCUGGCUGAGAAAAUCAGAGAUCAAUACUCCUCAGUGUUCCACAUUGCGGCGGCACGUGUCCACUUUGUCUCUGACUCGAUUGCCGAUUUCCUGCGCGGAAAUGCAGGUCCAGAGAAGGAGGAUGAUGACGAAAGCUUGAAGGACACAGGUGACGUAAAUGAUUCCGAAGUCAGAAUUGUCAAACGCUUCUUGGAAUCUGUUUGCGAUCCCAAAUUGUUCGACAAGUUUGGUUUCGAGGAAUUCUUUCAGCGCAAGCUCAAGGGGAGAACAGCUCAGGUUGGUGUCAAUACUGAUAUGGCACACCUCACAAUCGUCUCAGCCUGCUUGGAGGUCAUAUGUGCCAAGGAGUCUCCCAACCUUGAUCCUCUGCUUGAAUAUGCAGUCGCCUAUUUUGGUGAGCAUCUCGAGUCCGCAGACCCCUCGUUAACGCUGCCACGACACAAAAUUGCCCUGGGUCCGCAGUUGCUUCAAGUUUUCACGGAUGACGAAGUCAUUGAGCGGUGGUGGACCUUGAGUAACAAUUGGAUGCGGAAGCAGUGGCUUUAUGCCGAUUUAUACGCCGACAUUGUUCUGAGGUGGUUGCAGGAUUCUGCUGUCACUAAGAAUAUACCAGAAGAACAGAGGAAGUGGAUCAAGAGUCUCAGUUCCAAGUCCGAACUUGAGGCAGAUCUUCUUGAACACGUCGGCAGGUUUCUUGCUCGCCGAUGGCUUCAGUCCGGUGAAAUCGGCAUUGCAUUCAUAUUUGACGCCGCGCAUGGCUAUAUCUCAAAGAUUCAAAACCGGAAGGACCCUAGCCAUCCACGACUGACUCAGGAUCCCAAUAUUUCCCAAAUAGAGCCUUCCCACAUCAUGGACGCUGUACCCUGGGCCCAGCGGCAGAUCGGAAUUGAGAAACUCGACUAUGAGGAGAGCCGCAAUGUGGCGCGAACUCUGCGCGAAUACUACAAAUUUGACGAGGCCAUCGAGCAGUUCAAAAUCACAUCGGCGCUGGCGAAAGAGAAUUGGCUUUCUCAGAUUGGCUUGGCCGAGGCUUAUGGAAUGAAGCAGGAGUAUGCCGCAGCCAUUGAGACCCUCGAGGCAACAAAGCAGGGUAUUGAAAGUGGGGAGUUUGGGGAUCCAGUUGAGCUUGAUGACUGGUUGGUAGACAUCAACAAUGAUCUGGCUAGGUGGAACAGAGAACUCGGCCGCAGUGAGGCAGCUCUUGCCAUUUAUGAAGCCCGACUGAAGGUUUAUCCGGAAGACUACGGCACCACCUAUAACCUCAUUUCGCUUUUGCAUGAAGAGGGAAAACACCAGAAUCUGCUGGAGUUACUACAGUCAUUGAAGCAAAGCACAGACGCAGUCACUGGCCUCGAUCUUCUAACCCGUAACUUCCAAGAACACUACGAGCAGGACCCCUACAAUGAAGCUCUUUUUGCAUCUGUGAAGGGUGAUCAGGAAUUUGAUAUCAUCUUCCAGGGCUAUAAUGACGCCGUUACCGCUGCGAGGGAGCAAUCUGCCAAGGAGAGAAAGGCUGGAAACAGCACAGGAGAGUGGAAGGCUCAAUUGUGUCAGGUUGAGCUCAUGACUCAGAUUGCACUCUUGUGCACAGCACAUGGUGCUGGAAAUCCCGAUCGAAUCCAAUGUGCGAUCGACCAUUUGCUGCGCAUCUUAGCUGUCAACGAAAUUCACGACGGCUACGUCGUCAGCAAGCAGGCAGUAAUCUGCUCACAGCUGGCUCUGAUUUGUUUCGAAAAGUCCCAAGAGUAUCCUGAGAAUGCCGCGGAAUAUCUGAAGCACAUGGAAUACGCCGCGACCUUCAAAGGGGAUGUUGAGAAGGCUCGAAGUAUCCUGCGUCCCUAUAUCAAGCAGAACCUGGAUCUUCUUUCGGAUGACGAUCCUCUCAAUGAUUGGCAGGCUUAUAAUGGCUUGGCAAUCCAUUUCAUGUUUGCCGGUCAAGACGCAGAUGCUCUCGCUGCGUGGUCUCUGAUAACUCCGAACGGUAAUGAGAACAGGCCUAUUUUUGACUUUUCUGAGGAGGACCCGGAGGCAGAAUUCAUGAAUUUCUGUGAUGGUGGCUGUGGUAAGUACUGGAAAUAUGCCGAUGAUUUCUACUUGUGCAAAACCUGCCACUACGUGCAGUUCGACAAGGAGUGCUUGGAAAAACACCGAGAUGGCACGGGUGACGGCAAGCUUUGCUCCAAGCACCAUGAUACACUGCAUGUUCCAGCGUACGAUACAGCUGAGCGUGAGAGGAUCGGCGAAGGCAAUGUCAAGGUCGGUGAGGAAAUUAUGUCCCAGGAUGAUUGGCUUCAGCGAAUCCGUAAGGAGUGGGGUAUCAAGUUGGUAUGA